GGUAAAGCUGGCAUUAGCUAAUGGAAGUCGGCCUGAUUCGCAACCUACCAAUGAACACUGGCUUUGGGCGGUGCAAAUAUCAUCAAUGGCCAAUUAGCAACGUCUAUGGGCGGGGCGGACAAAGCGGGAGCCGCAGGACCGAGUGGGCGGCCCGUAGCGGACUCGACGGCGGCGCCAUGGAGCUGGGGGCGGGCGGCGCGGCUGGGCCAGGGCAGCGCGGUGGAGCAGAGCCGGGCCGCCUGCUCCUUCUGCUGCUGGGCGGGGAAGGUGGUGGAGGGUCGGGCUGGGCGUGGUCCUCGGGGGGCGGCUGCUGCGGCGGCGGGGUGGGGGGGACUGGAACGGACACCGAGACCGGCCCGGAGCCGGACUACGAGGCCCUCCCACGCGGCUCCGCCGCCUCCACCCACAUGCUGGCAGGGGCUGUGGCUGGGGUGCUGGAGCACAGCCUCAUGUACCCGGUGGACUGUGUCAAGACAAGGAUGCAGAGCCUGCAACCGGAACCUGCUGCUCGCUACCGGAAUGUGCUGGAGGCCCUGUGGCGGAUUGUGCAGACCGAAGGGAUCUGGCGACCCAUGCGGGGAUUGAACAUCACAGCCACAGGGGCCGGCCCUGCCCAUGCCUUGUAUUUCGCCUGCUAUGAAAAGUUGAAAAAGACACUUACCGACAUUAUCCAUGCUGGGGGCAAUAGUCACGUGGCCAACGGCGCAGCAGGCUGUGUGGCAACAUUGCUUCACGAUGCAGCCAUGAACCCAGCAGAAGUGGUCAAGCAGAGGAUGCAGAUGUAUAACUCGCCAUACCAGCGGGUGACGGACUGUGUGCGUGCUGUGUGGUGCAAUGAAGGGGCAGGAGCUUUCUACCGAAGCUACACCACUCAGCUGACCAUGAACAUCCCCUUCCAGGCCAUCCAUUUCAUGGCAUACGAAUCACUGCAGGAACACCUCAACCCUCAUAGACAGUACAACCCUGGAUCCCAUAUGGUGGCGGGCGCCUGUGCAGGUGCCAUUGCUGCUGCCGCCACCACCCCUUUGGACGUUUGCAAAACACUGCUGAAUACCCAGGAGGCCCUGGCACUGAAUACCAACAUCAGCGGGCACAUCACAGGCAUGGCUCACGCCUUCAGGACGGUGUACCGCGUGGGUGGGCUGACUGCCUAUUUCCGUGGUGUGCAGGCCCGUGUCAUUUACCAGAUGCCCUCCACGGCCAUUGCCUGGUCUGUGUAUGAGUUCUUCAAAUACAUCCUCACCAAGCGGAAGGAGGAACGUUUGGCUGGGAAGUGAAAUGUGACUUCUUCCCUUGGAUUGGCCAGUGCCAGACUCGGAUGAUAAGCAAGCCUUUGGGAUACUGAUGCCGCCUCUUGCCUGCUGCUGCGUUUUGCACAGCCCAUCAUACUUCUCGCCAAGGGAUACUACACAGCGAGCAGCAGCUUGGCCUGCCUUUUCCUAGCCUAUCGCCUAACAAGCAUCCCCCUUGCCCCAACACUGUAUUCCCCGAAAGGGUGACUACCAGGAGACUGGAGAGCAGACUCAAACUCGGGAUGAUGGCGGCAUAUCCAGUGAGGAUUGCAGUUACGGAUUUGUGGUGAUAGUAGCAUGGGAAGUGUUAGCUGAGCCGUUGUCUAGAAGCACACACACACACACAGACCCUGUGCUCUCUGGGAAGGCUUUGGUUGUUGUGGCCCUUGGCACCUCCAAUAAAGUCUGCUUUAUUGUCA